AUGAUACAGCUGUGCAGUAUGAUCAGUACUAGCUACAGUACAGUGAUGAACCGACUUAAAAGAGUACAAGAAUUGUUGUGUCAUGAUGUUCAACCAGUACAACCUUUGAAGCCAAGAAAUAAAGUGUCAGAGAAAGCUGAUGCUAUAGUUUGUAUAACUGGGAUUGAUUCUAGAAAUAGCAUAGGUGCAGAUGAGCUCUUUAAUUUUUUGUUCCCUAACCUUCGCAAGGAAGAAUUACAGCUUGAUAGGGAAGCACAAGGUCAAUACGACUGGGAUGAUGUAGUGAUAGUGGUAAAAUCAAAUUCUGUAGCCGUGUACUGCAACCCAGUGAACCUGAAGCAACUCUUUCCCUACUUUGCUCAAUGGGAGAACCUAACUGUGCACUGUUUAACUGAAUAUCAGUAUGAGGACCAAGAUCUAGCUGAAGAGUACAAGAUUUCUAGCUUUGUUGCCAUGUUGAAAGGCUGUAAAUCAGUUGGUGUGCCCUACCAUGUUUCCGGCCAUAGCAGCAGCUGUCAUGAUAUCUGCAUUGAGAAGUGGCCUCUAAUUCAGGCAUCUGCUCUAGAAGAAUUUGGAAGCGGCGGGUUCUUUACGAUGGUACAUGACGUCGUUGAUGUAGCACCUCUACUGUCUACUGUGUACGAACACUUGGAUUCCAUCACCCUUCGCAAGAUCAUCUCGACUGAACUAACGCAGUUUACACAUCAAUGGCAUAUGAUGUGCUCUACAGUAGGCAUCGCAAUAGACAAGUUUGCUGGUGACACUGUGGACGUGUCUGUUGGCAAGAUUCUUGAACCCCUGACAACAUACUACAGCCUUGGGAAGAUGGGAAAUGGAAAUGUCGAAGGGUUGAAGAAGCCAUUUGUACUCUGUGGCCAGAACACCAACCGUGCUGCUUUUACUGCGGGCAGUUUACAUAGUCAUAGUGAGCAGAGACAAGUGGUCGCACCACUUCAUAUGGUUGUUCAGUCGGUUUCCCCAUGUGCACCGUUGUCAUGUGCCAGGACAUACUUUCUUGCUCCGACGUUUACACCGUGUCAAGGUGAAAAACUGGUGAACUCCGGCUGUCAUAAUCUGACAGUAGUUUGA